AUGGACAUGGAGAACCAGGUGCUGCACUCAGGUGAGCCAAGAGAGGACACGGAAUCUGUGAGAUUUAGGAGUCUGGUGUCUAGCUUCUGCGCCUUUAUGGCUCGGACCUGGCCAGCAUUUGCCAGCAAGUUCUCCUUGGUCCGAACCUGGCGCACCCAGCAGGACGCCACGGCUGCCCUGGGCCGUCGCCUGCAGAACAUACGCUGCUGGAAGGCUGAGCUCCGGAAGGAGAUUGAGGACCUCGAUGGCGAGACCAGACUGCUGGCGGCCCAGAAGGUGCGGCUGGAAAGGGCGCUUGAUGCUACCGAGGUGCCCUAUGCCAUUGCCACCGAUAACCUGCAGUGCCGGGAGAGGAGGCAACCCCCGGACCUGGUCAGCGAUGAGGUGGAGAGGGAGCUGCUGAAGGAAGCUGAACUUAUCAGAAAUAUCCAGGAGCUUUUGAAAAGAACUUUGAUGCAAGCUGGGAACCAGAUGCGAUUAAACCGAGAUCACAAAGAAGUUUGUGAAAUGGACUGGUCAGACAAAAUUGAAGCAUACAACAUUGAUGAUACGUGUGGAAGAUACAGUAACCAAGGCACCAACAUCCAGUUCCAUCCCAGCUCAGUGAAGUUUGAAGAGAGUGCCUCAACACCGAAGACGUGGGCCAAGUUCAGCCAUGACAACAUCUAUAGGGCAGAACAAGAAAAACUAGCUUCCAUCAGUCUCCGUGCCUUGAUUGACAAUAUUCUUCACGACGUGUCUGAGGACCUGAGGAUGCAAUGCGCUGCUGUUAAUCAGGCCUUUGCCAGACGCUGUGAGGAGCUGGAUCAUGCAAAAUACAAACUAGAGCAUCAUUUGAAAAAAAUCCUUCAGGAGAUUGGAGAUCAAGAAGCUAAUGUUGCUGCUCUCAAACGAGCGAUCAAAGACAAAGAAGCCCCAAUGAAAGUUGCUCAGACCAGGCUAUACGACAGGUCUUUUAGGCCCAGCGUAGAGCUCUGCAGAGAUGAAGCACAAUUCAGGUUGAUCAGUGAAGCUGAAGAACUAACAGAGUCCAUUGAAUCCCUGAAGAAAAAACUGCUGGAAUCUGAACAGUCUCUGAGGAACCUGGAAGACACACGAAUGAAUUUAGAAAAAGAAAUAGCUGUGAAAACAAACAGUAUUUUUAUUGAUAGACAAAAGUGCAUGCCCCACCGCACACGCUACCCUGUUGUUUUUAAAUUAGCAGGUUACCAGUAGUAAUCUCUGUACUAACUAUGCAAAGUCUGGAAGAAAAAGUACUCUAGAAUCUUUCA